AUGCUGUUCCUAGUGGCUUCUGUCACAGCUCUUUUGCUCGCCUGCCGGGUGCAGGCAGCGGCUGUCUUCGCUCAUUUCAUGUUGACCAACACCGCCAAUUAUACUUCAACUGACUGGCAAGAUGACAUGAAACUGGCGCAAGACGCUCACAUUGAUGCCUUCGCGCUCAAUAUGGCCUACAAUGACCCUACCAACAUGAAAGCUCUCCCUGCAGCUUUUGCGGCCGCGGAUUCCGUUGGUUUCAAACUUUUCUUUUCAUUCGACUACGCUGGCAACGGAGACUGGCCCAAGAACGAUGUCAUCAACUUGAUAAAACAGUACAGCACUCACUCUUCGUACUUUUUCUAUAAAGGAAAAGCCUUCGUUUCUACCUUUGAAGGCCCAGGUCGAGCCAAUGACUGGAAUUUGAUCAAGGCUUCGACCAACUGUUUUUUUGUCCCAAGCUGGUCGUCUAUUGGAGCAAAGCCCGCUGUCGAGACCGGUGUUGUUGACGGUCUCUUUAGCUGGGCUGGCUGGCCUUGGGGGAACCAAGAUAUGAGCACCUACAUUGAUGCAUCCUAUAUUCAAUAUCUGGCUGGACUGCCAUAUAUGAUGCCGGUCUCACCUUGGUUCUACACCAACCUGCCAGGCUACAAAAAGAAUUGGCUUUGGCGAGGCGACCAUAUCUGGCAUGAUCGCUGGCAGGAGGUCCUCUAUGUGCAACCCGAAUUCGUGGAGAUUAUCACCUGGAAUGAUUAUGGUGAAUCGCACUAUAUCGGGCCACUGCGUGAUAUGGCUAUGGAAGCCUUUGAGAUUGGCAAAGCCCCCUUCAACUACGCAACCGACAUGCCUCACGAUGGCUGGCGAGAAACUCUUCCCUACUGGAUUGAUAUGUACAAGAAUGGAUUCGCAGAGGUCACCGAGGAAAAAAUCAUCGCUUGGUAUCGGACAACUCCUGCAGCAGCUUGCGGAAGUGGUGGUACGAGUGGUAAUACUGCCUCGCAGUUACAAAUUGAAUUUCCACCUGCAGAUCUUGUUGAAGAUCGAAUUUUCUUCUCCGCUGUUCUUGGCUCUUUCUCGGGCGCUGUGGUGUCUAUCGGAGGUGAUGCGCAGACCGUGGGCUGGUCCUUUGUCCCAGACGAUAACGUUGGUGUCUACUUUGGUAGCGUCGCCUUCGGAGGUCGAACAGGACCUGUGACGGUGUCAUUAAUGCGGGAUAAUGUUAUGAUCGCUACAGUUAAGGGUAAGUCUAUCUCGGGAAGCUGUCCAAAUGGCAUUCAAAAUUGGAACGCCUGGGUUGGUAGCGCGAUAGCAGGGCGCUCAGUAUCGGCCCAAACGACUGUCCUGCUUGCGGACCAGAAGUGUAUGAAUGGCACUGGCAGUUACAACUUCGGUGGUCUCUGUGAGUAUGCCUGUACCUAUGGUUACUGUCCACUUGGAGCGUGCACUUGCACCAAGAUGGGCAUUGGCAAUCAGAAGCCAAAUUCGACUGGCGUUGUAGGGUACCCGAUUGCAGGAGAGGGUGCCAGCUACAGUGGUCUUUGCAACUUCGAUUGCAAUCUCGGUUUCUGUCCUCCCACGGCAUGUGGACUGGUCGAGGUGCCCCUUUCGACGCCUUCUGUCUCGCCAUUCUUGCCUCCAGCGUGCACUGCGGGCACGGGUGCCGGCAACCUCGCCGGUCUCUGUAGUUUCAGCUGUACUCAUGGCUUCUGUCCUAUGAACGCUUGUACGUGUACAGCGCAAGGAGCAGUCAAUGUCAUGAGCCCUACGACCAAGAUGAGCGGACAGGCUGCCCCUGGACAAGACCCGGCAGUCUACGGCCCACUGUGUGAAUACACGUGUCAGCGUGGAUACUGUCCCGAGGGCGCCUGUGUGCCGCAUGCUGGAAGCUCCACUGGAUCAGGGUCGAACUCUCAUUCUGGAGACGGCGAUGUCUAUAUCUCACCGUCCAUUUGGGGCCAUUCUUCACCCGUGAUACAAUGCCAGCCACCAUGUUCAAUUAUCUUGCCGCCCAUCCCUCUGGAAAAACCAUCGAUCAUUGAGAUUCCGCCAUGGGUUAUUCCUAUCGAGCAAAGCCGCAUGACAACCAGAACCUCAACCGGCGAAGACGGCACGACAACAACCUACCGCGGCUAUAAUGUGACAACAAUCACUAUCACAGUGACGAUUCCUGAUAUCACGCUCCAUUCAAUCCCCCUCUGGGGAGUGUCAGUCAACGCCAGCCAAACUGCGAAUUCCACAAUCGCUCUGACGAGCAGCAUCUCCUUACCUCACAUUGUCUACGUUUUACCACCCGUGCAGGGCGAUCCUACUUCAACACGCAGCACGACAACACUCAUCCCACCGCCUUAUCCGUGGUCCCAGACUGCAAAGGAAACGGGUGCGAAUAGCAAGACACCUACGCCGGUUUGGACCUCUGGGCCUCCUACUCCAACAGUACCGAAGGGCAGCCCAGGCGCUGGAAAAGGUUGCGCACCUUUCUGCAAAGGUCCCUGCCUACUUUGCCCUCCGGCGGGGGUUGAUACAGUUGGUGGGGGCGGUGGUGGCUCAGAUGGCUCAGAGGAGGAGGAUUGCAGCACUGACACCGCUGAAGUCUGUUCAACCGCUUGCAUCGCCGGGUCUGAGUGUACUUUCGAUUGUACAACAACAACUGGAUGUUCCGUGACGGCGUCAUCGACCAAAACUGUUGGCACUCCCGCACCUGGCGUUGCAAUUACCAUGUCGCCCCACCCAGUAGAAACUCCCGAUUCCUCAGCUGCUCUCAGCAUAGCAAGUGAACUUGAACCAACCUUGGCUUCAAAGUUUGGCGAGUUGUCUGUCAUUAGCGGAGCCUUAUCCUCCCCAACUCCAACGGGUGCUGCCCCCAUGAACGGCCCGUAUCCCGGUCUGAUCAUCCUCAGUUACUAUGGGGACACGCACUCAGGUGUCGGCCAAUGGGACUUGUACCAAAGUUACUCCAACGGACCUGGGCGAAGUACGUGUCCAGAGGCUGACAAGCCGGACUUUGUCAUGAAGGACGGUGCCUUCUUUGGGAUUCAGGAUGGAACUGGAGGUUUCAAGGCAUUUGGUUCCACAUGUACCUACAAGGGGACCAGCUUACCGGGUUCAUUCGAGCCAGGUGAGGUAAUUGGCAGGUUUGUGUGCGACGGAUAUCGUGACGCUCUUUGUUACGGGUUGAUGUUUGACGAAGGCACCUGCUCACAGGGCUGGCUUGAGCAUUAUAGAGUUUUGAGCUGUCUGUGGUAG